AUGUAGGUGAGCACAUCAUAUCUCUCUCCACUCCCUGCCCUAGGUUGAGCUCUCUCUCUCUCUCUCUCUGUGCUUGCACUCACUCGCUCUAGCCUAUUCUCCAGAGAAAUCUUUGUGGGCAUUUUCCAUGGACACCGGAGGGAACAGUGAAAUUCCAAUCGAAGCAAAGAAAUCGAAAUCAAAAACCCCAAGAAAAGCCAAAGAAAGCGUCCUCAAGCAGAAAUCUCCAGCUGAGUUCUUUGCAGAGAACAAGAAUAUUGCUGGAUUUGACAAUCCAGGGAAAUCCCUUUAUACUACUGUGAGAGAGCUGGUUGAAAAUGCGCUUGAUUCUGCAGAGUCCAUCUCUGAGCUUCCUGUAGUGGAAAUAACGAUUGAAGAGAUUGGGAGAAGCAAGUUUAAUUCCAUGAUUGGUCUUGUUGAUCGUGAACGUAUUGAUGAGGAGUUGUAUGAAGAUUUCGAGACAACUAAGGCUCGUGAGAAACGACUCGCCAAAGAAGCCCGUAAUCAAGAAAUUCAAGCAAAGAAUGCUGCACAUGGGAAGAAAGCGAAAGAGCCGUUGGUUGUAAAGGCCAUUAAAGGUCGAGGUGAGGCCUCAUUUUACAGGGUGACUUGUAAGGAUAAUGGAAGAGGAAUGCCACAUGAUGACAUUCCAAAUAUGUUUGGACGAGUUCUGUCUGGGACAAAAUAUGGCUUGAAGCAGACCCGUGGAAAAUUUGGACUCGGUGCAAAAAUGGCAUUGAUUUGGUCCAAGAUGAGUACAGGACUUCCUAUUGAGAUCUCCUCGUCAAUGAAGGGACAGAAUUAUAUGUCAUUCUGCAGGCUGGAUAUAGAUAUUCAUCGGAACAUUCCUCACAUUCAUCUGCAUGAAAAACGGGGCAACAAGGAACAGUGGCAUGGAGCUGAAAUCCAAGUUGUUAUUGAGGGAAAUUGGACAACUUACCGCUCCAAGAUAUUGCAUUAUAUGCGUCAAAUGGCUGUUAUCACUCCCUAUGCUCAAUUUCUUUUCAGAUUUGUGUCAGAUGCAUCAGAUAAAAAUGUCACUAUAAGAUUUGCCAGAAGAACGGAUAUAAUGCCACCAGUUCCUCUUGAGACAAAGUACCAUCCAUCAGCUGUUGAUCUGCUACUCAUCAAACGUCUUAUUGCGGAAACUUCAAAGCAGAACCUUUUGCAGUUUCUUCAGCAUGAAUUCGUGAACAUAGGAAAAUCCUUUGCUGAGCGUUUGAUUGGAGAAAUGGGUCCAGAUUUUAGCCCAAAAAUGCCUGUUAAAUCUCUAGUCUCACAGCAAAUAGUUCGCAUUCACCAGUUGUUUCGCCAAGCCAAGUUCGAUGACCCUAGUGGUGAUUGUCUUAGCCCUGCUGGGGAAUACAAUCUUCGCCUUGGAAUUAUAAAGGAGCUACAUCCAGACAUGGUUGCAACUUAUUCAGGAAGUCCUCAAGUAUUUGAAGGCCACCCAUUCAUUGUGGAAGCUGGAGUUAGUGUGGGUGGAAAAGAUGUCAAGCAAGGUUUGAAUAUUUUCCGAUUUGCAAACCGAAUUCCGCUUCUGUUUGAGCAAGGUGCUGAUGUUGUCACCAGGAGUGCUCUGAAGAGAAUCAAUUGGAACACUUACAAAAUCAACCAGACACAAGAUAAGGUUGGCAUCUUUGUGAGCAUUGUGAGCACAAAAAUUCCUUUCAAAGGAACUGGAAAGGAAUAUAUUGGUGAUGAUAUAAGUGAGAUAGCUUCUGCAGUCAAGACUUCUAUCAAACAGUGCUGCGUACAGCUCAAGUCCAAAAUAGUGAAAAGAAUUCAGGCUCGUGAACAGCAGGAGAGGAAACGAAAUUUGAGCAAGUACCUUCCUGAUGCUACAGGUGCUAUAUAUGAUGUUCUGAAAGAAAUGUCCAACAUGCACGCAGCAAAGAAGAAACGAUAUGAGACCGAUGAUGCGGAACUACUAAAGAAAGUUUCUGCUCGUUUAAUUACAAAAGACACACUGAGAGAAAAACUUGCUGAGCAUGUCGAACAGGUGGACCAUGAAAUGGCAUUGGAAUAUGCAACACAAAGAGGAGUGAAUGAGGAACCUAGAGAACCUAUAUGUAUACCAUCUCUUGAAGUAGAAGCUGAAAAUGACUUCAUUGAAUUCCACAGUCCCAUAUUUGUCUUCAGAUUCCUGCAGUAGUUAUUUGUAGAUACCUGGCGUGUUAUAGAAAUGAAACAUUGUGACAACACAAUCCAUUUACUUGUAUCAAUAGACUCGCCCGAAAGUUCCUUCUAUGAUUUUGUUUUUUUUGCAAUUGAUUACUCUUCUGCAAGUAUAAGACCUAAAUUAUACUCAUAAAC